AUGGAAAUAGAAAGAAAAAACUAUAUUAUGAAUAUGGACAACAUAAAUUAUAAUAUCAAUAAUAGUAAUAACACUAGUAUUGCUACCAUUAUCAAUCCCAAUAGUAAUAACACUAGUAUUGCUACCAAUAUCAAUCCCAAUAAUAUAAAAUCACAUGAUACUUGUAAUGAUAAUAACCGAGAACAAAACAAAAUAAUUAUAUCAUCAUCAAGCUCCCCUAUUGCGUCGAGUGAACAGUUUGAGGGUACCAAAAAUAAAAGUAAUAGUGAUAAUAUUAAUACUAGUAAUAAUAACAAUAAUGACAAUAUAAAUAAUAAUAUUAACAAUAAAAGCAUCUCUGAUAAUAUAACAACCCAACCAAAAUUGAAAAAUAAACCUAAAACAAUUUAUUUUUAUUCAAGUAUGGGCGAUAAAGACUAUUAUUCCUCAAUUUCAAGUUAUUUUGCCUCCAAUUUACCAAUAAUUAAACAAGAGACUAAAAAUUCAAAUGUUUUAAUUUUAGAAAAAUUUAAUAAUAGCAUGGAUACUGCAGAUAGUGACGGCGAUAACGAUAGCGAUAGCAGCAGUGGUUCCCAAUCCGAUAAAAAGAAAACCAUUCUAUAUAUUAAAAGUUGUGGUGCCAGAAGACUUAAUUAUGAUUCAUUUCAAAAUGAUAUCGAGUCAUUGGCUUCAAAUCAGAACCAUAUUGUUAUUUUGGUAAUAAUUUUAAUAGGAUCAAAUGCCGAAGCUAUUUUAAUUGACUACCCUGGUUAUAAAAUAUUUUUCAAUACUUUUCAAAAUAAAGUCUGCGAAAACGAUUUUAAUAAAGAAUCAUUAAAAACACUUUGUAGAUUAAUUAAUUAA